AUGUCAGACGCGCAGAAUCUCAAGCGACCAAGGCCUGAGGAUCCAUCACACUCCGAUGACGAAUCCUCGGACGACGACUUCGGGCCUGCUUUGCCUUCCUCGGUGCCUCCCAAGAAGAAGCGCAGGCUGCCGUAUGAGUCGCUGUAUGUGGAUGCCUUGCCGAAAGGUGUAAGGUACUCAAAAUCAUUGAUGCACAAGGACCAGGUAUCCACCGUGACCAUUGCUCCUUCGCCUGCCGACUUUGUCAUCACUACCUCUAUUGAUGGGGUCGUCAAAUUCUGGAAGAAAAUGGCCAGGGGGAUUGAAUUUGCCAAAGAGUACCUCGCGCACGAGAGCCGGAUAGUGAGCUCCAGCGUCAGUGUCGACGGUGCUUUAUUUGCCACGACAGGCGAUGAGGGCGAUAAUACUAUCAAAAUCUUCGAUGUCAUUACCUUUGAUUUAUUGACCAUUUUAAACCUCGCCAGUCCAGCCACCUGCUUGUGUUGGGUUCAUCGAAAGGGCACAGCGCCCGUGCUCGCCGCGGGCAUCGGAAAGGAGAUUCAUAUCUACGAUGGCAGGGGUGAUUCCCCGACGCCUAUGCAUGUUCUGUCGUCUCUGCAUCGUGCCCCCGUCGUGGCCAUGGCCUACAACCCAGCGUUUGAUUGCGUAGUGUCGGCGGACGAAGGCGGCAUGGUCGAGUACUGGCAGCCCAGCGACAAUUAUGAAAAGCCAGACACGGUGUUCAAGAUGAAGUCAACCACCAAUCUGUUCGAUUUCAAGAAGUCAAAGUCGGCGCCCUGCAGUAUCACGAUAUCGCCUUCCGGGCAUCAGUUUGCAACUAUAUCCUUUCCCGACCGAAAAAUACGGGUCUUCGACUUCGCGUCAGGCAAACUUUACCGGUCAUACGAUGAAUCAAUCGAAACCAUUACAGCUAUGCAGCAAGCUGGGACUGCGCUCCAGAAACUAGAUGAGGUUGAGUUCGGCCGGCGAAUGGCGGUCGAACGUGAACUCGACAAUCCGGCCGUGCGAUCACGCAUCAAUGUCAUCUUCGACGAGUCGGGUCAUUUUAUCGCAUACGGCUCUCUUCUGGGGGUCAAGGUUGUCAACACGCUCACGAACCGCGUCAUCAAGGCUUACGGCAAAGAUGAACCGUUCCGAGCAUUGAACAUCGCUUUAUAUCAGGGUGCGCCACAAAAGAAAGAGGUGGUCACCGUCUCCAUGGCCGCCAGCGCCAACCCGUUGUUGAACGAGGCCGAGGAGAGAGAUCCUAUGCUGUUCGCAACCGGCUAUGGCAAGGUUCGGUUCUACAUGUUCACCAAUGAAGAAGAUAUCAGCAAGUCGACUCGGGACGUACAAAACGAAAAGCCGCGGAUAAUUGGAGGCAAGAAGAAGGAGGAAAAGCAGGCCCAAACCGGCACCUCGGCAGUCCUGCACACGACAUAUGGCGACAUCCACAUCAGGUUGUUCCCCGACAAAGCGCCCAAGACGGUGGAAAACUUUGUCACCCAUGCCAGGAAUGGCUACUACAACAACACCAUCUUCCACCGAGUCAUCCGAAAAUUCAUGAUCCAGGGCGGAGAUCCGCUCGGUGACGGCACUGGUGGCGAGAGUAUCUGGGGGAAAGAGUUUGAAGAUGAGUUUUCGGAUCUCAAACAUGACAAGCCAUACACCGUCAGUAUGGCCAAUGCAGGCCCGAACACCAACGGGUCGCAGUUCUUCAUUACCACCGAAAAGACGCCCUUCUUGGACGGCAAGCAUACCAUCUUCGGGCGGGCGUACCAGGGGUUGGAUGUAAUACAUCAGAUCGAGAACACAAAGGUGCAUAAGGAGAAGCCGGUACAGGAUAUCAAAAUCGUCAACAUCUCUAUAAACUAG